UAUUUUUAUUACAGGAUCGGUCGAACAAGCAUAAUUUAUAAAUAAAGAGAAGCCUCUGCUUCCAGGCUUCCAGUAGAUCCAAUCUUUGAGCUCAAAUCUCCACACUCGCAAUCCUCUCCACCAUGGGCUACCCAGCUAACGGCUCUGAUAGCGCCAAGUCACUCAAGUUCUUGAUCUAUGGCCGCACUGGCUGGAUCGGUGGUCUUCUCGGCAAGCUCUGUCAAGCUCAAGGCAUCGACUUUGAAUACGGCGCCGGUCGUCUCGAGAAUCGCUCUUCACUCGAAGCCGACAUAGCUGCCGUCAAGCCUACUCACGUCUUCAACGCCGCUGGCGUCACCGGUAGGCCUAAUGUGGAUUGGUGCGAAUCGCAUAAGGUCGAGACUAUCCGAACUAAUGUGGUCGGCACUCUUACGCUUGCUGACGUUUGCAGAGAGAGAGGUUUGGUUUUGUUUAAUUAUGCUACUGGUUGUAUCUUCGAAUACGAUGCGGGUCACCCUCUGGGAUCCGGAAUCGGAUUCAAGGAGGAAGAUACUCCGAAUUUUAUCGGAUCGUUUUACUCCAAGACCAAGGCCAUGGUGGAGGAUCUGCUGAAGAAUUAUGAGAAUGUGUGUACGUUGCGAGUGAGGAUGCCUAUUUCAUCUGAUUUAUUAAAUCCCCGCAACUUUAUCACAAAGAUCACUCGAUAUGAUAAGGUAGUCAACAUUCCAAACUCAAUGACUAUUUUGGAUGAACUCCUCCCGAUUUCCAUUGAGAUGGCAAAGAGAAACCUCACUGGGAUUUGGAAUUUUACAAAUCCUGGAGUGGUUAGCCACAAUGAGAUCUUAGAGAUGUAUCGGGACUACAUUGACCCUAAGUUCACUUGGAAAAAUUUUACUCUAGAAGAGCAAGCAAAGGUGAUUGUUGCCCCAAGGAGCAACAAUGAGCUUGAUGCCAACAAAUUGAAGAAAGAAUUUCCGGAACUCUUGCCCAUUAAGGAGUCCCUCAUCAAAUAUGUGUUCCAGCAAAAUAAGAAGACUGCCUGAGCUUGAAAAAUUUUUAGGUAUGAAUUUUUAAGUUUUUUUAUUUAUUGAAUUUAGUGCCAGCAGGUUGAUGUGAUCUCAAUGCUAUAUGGGCUCUUCUUCCCACAUAACAUACAUGAUUGCUCCCCUAUUUGUAUCUGAAUGCUUUAUUUACAAAUAAAAUUGUAGAAGUAAUUUGUCAAGUCAUAAAUAAGCAUCUGUAAGUUGAUUGGUAUUGGACUGCUCGAACUGCUGAGGAUUCCACAAUUCUGAUCUUCACCUUUACCUAGCUGGUUCGCUUGAUGUAUUUUUACAAAUUUGUGCUAUUGCCUUCUGUUUGGACAGCCAAACUGGUAAAGAGAGAUAGCAGGAUACUCAGAGAUUUGAAAUUAAGAGAUGUAUAAGCUUUUGUGUUGAUGUAAUAGAAUACUUGGUGUAUUUUAUAUUCCCUGACAAGUUUACAAUGUCUUUUCCUUUUCCAUUUAAUUCCAUUUAAUUGCAAUCAUUUUCAUUACCA